AUGGCUUUAGCAACAUAUGCCUCCUCAAGCUGCACAAUGGCCAUUCCCGGACGCCUGCGCAGGCUCGUUUUCUGUCUAAGUGCGCUAUGGCUGGCCAGUGCAGGUUCCAGAGCUUUUGUUCCAGAAAGCGAGCAGAUUCCAAGGGCCAGCAGCAUCGGUGCUACUGAGGCCUCAGUGGCAGCCCUUUUCGUUGCCGCACUUUCACCUGAGGUAGCACAGGCUCAGGAAGCCGAUGAUGGUAACACAAGCUGGGGCUUCAAUCCCUUCGUGGUCAUUGUGCCUGGAGGAGUGCUCUACCUGCUUAACUGGGUUUUCAGCUUGAAGCCAGAAAUGGAUGCAGAUGCAGACGGGUACAAGUCCACCACGUUGCGAGGGCGGGAUUCGGAGGAAAAUCUGCAGCGGAGGAUUGCAGAAAUGGAAGCUCGUCUUGCGUUGGAGGAGAAAGAAAGGCAGGCGCUGAUAGCCGGCAGAGCCACUUCCACGCGUCAAGAGGAUGAGCUAGACGAUGAUUUGUUCAGCUCCGACCUGGAUGCCCAAUUGAGGGCAGCGAACAAAAACGGAUAA